CGUCACUGGCUGGCAUCCUUGUUCGCCGAGUUCUUUCCCACAGCCGAUACGCACAGAGCCUUGCCCGGGACCUGGGUGAUUCGGAUCCGUAGCCCUGAGCGAAGUGACCACACCGGGUUGGAAAGCCUACGGAAAGAGUGAGGGACGCAGCAUGCAGUGGAUAAACAAGAGAGAGUAGAGUCUGGACUGGAAGAGAGGGAGAUCCUAUUUCAUUUGGGUAUCAAUUUGAGUCCGUGGCGCAAAGAAGGAAAGGGUGUAUGCCUAUGGGUUUAGUUUGAAGGGCGAGUGCGUUGCGCAUAAGGAGAGUGUAAUUGGGAUGAGAGCUCAAGUCAGGGAGCCAGCAGGUCUGACAUUCAAAGCCUCUUAACGGCAGGUGGAGUGAAGAUCGACCUGGUGGAGUGAGAGUGUUUUUUUCUUCUGAGGAGAGACCCACCCUUGACACCGCACCAAGAGGGAGAAGCCGGGGAGAAGGGUCGAGGCGGGGCGGGCAGGCAGGAGGAACUCCACAAGGGGAACAAUACAAGUUAGGCAAUAAUGCUUUCUCUCAAGCCUAGUACCAAACGAUGAACUGGCGCUUAAAGAUAGCCGAGAAAGGGAUAUUAUAGAGAAGAGGGGAUACUGCCUCGUUGUUUGUCCUCGAUCCUUUGACGUUGAGAUGGAGAGAGAAAGAGCGCACGGACGAAAUCCGGUUGAUUGCUGCAGCGGAGGUGAGAGGAGCUGCGCCAGGACGGAGAUGAGGAGAGAUCGGCGCUGGAGACAGCAGUGGACCGUGAUUUUUCUCAUCGCCCUUGCUCUGCAGCCGCAGGCUGUAUGUGCAGUGGGGAUGUUUGAGCUGCAGAUCCGUCACUUCCAGAACCCCCAAGGUGUGCUGCAGAGUGGAGAGUGUUGUGACCUCCAGGCCACCGAGGGGCAGCGCUGCUCUCUCAGGGACCAGUGUGACACCUUCUUCAAGGCCUGCCUCAAGGAGUACCAGGCCCGCGUCGUCCCCACCGGAGCCUGCACCUUCGGGGUGGGCAGCACCACCGUCCUGGGGGGCAACACCCAGUCCCUCCGUCAUCGAGGUCACGACGGAGGAGGGGGAGGAGGCGGAGGAGGAGGGGAUGUCACUACAGGACACAUUGUCAUUCCCUUCAAAUACGCCUGGCCGAAAUCGUUCUCCUUGGUGUUAGAGGCUCUGGACCAUGACAACAAAACAUCCGAAUCAGGUCAGGCUGGUCUGAUCGAGCGUGUCCUCCUGUCCUCCAUGUUGAAUCCCGGCGAGCAGUGGCAGACGUACCGUCACCACGGACGCUCGCUCAGCCUGGAGUACCGCCUGCGGUACCGCUGUGACCUCAACUACUACGGCCCCUUCUGCAACAAGUUCUGCCGGCCCCGGGACGACUUCUUCGGACACUUUGACUGUGACGUCAGCGGCAUCAAGGUCUGCAAGGAGGGCUGGACCGGACCGGAGUGUCGAGAAGCGGUGUGCAGACAGGGGUGUCAUCAGAUCCAUGGCUCCUGCUCUGUGCCUGGAGAAUGCAAGUGUCACUACGGCUAUGAGGGUGCUCUGUGUCACCGGUGUAUGACGUUCCCAGGCUGCGUCUACGGGAGCUGCGUUGAACCCUGGCAGUGUGUGUGUGACGUCAACUGGGGAGGCCUGCUGUGUGACAAAGAUCUGAACUACUGCGGUACACACCGGCCCUGUAAGAAUGGGGGCACCUGUUCCAACACAGAGCCUAACGAGUACCAGUGUGAGUGCCAAGAGGGCUUCCGCGGGCGCAACUGUGAUAUCGUGGAGCAUGCGUGUCUCUCGUCCCCCUGUGCGAACGGGGCCACCUGUGCGGAGGAACCGUCGGGUUUCAGCUGUGUCUGUGCGGACAGCUGGACCGGACACACCUGCGCCGACGCGGAGCGGCAGUGUGACUCAAACCCGUGUGGGCGCGGGGCGACGUGCCAGGAGUCUCCAGAGGGGUUCCGGUGCCUCUGCCCCCCCGGCUGGACUGGCAGAACCUGCCAACUAGACACCAACGAGUGUGACACGGGUGUGUGUGUCCAUGCCCGCUCCUGCCGUAAUCUGAUUGGUGGAUACCUGUGCGAUUGCCUGCCAGGCUGGGCGGGGCCUACCUGUGACGUCAGGAACAGCAGCUGCCAGGGGUUGUGUCUAAACGGAGGUCACUGUGAGGACUCUGUGUCAGGCUCACGCUGCCUGUGUGUACCCGGUUUCUCUGGGAAGCACUGCCAGACUGGCCCCAGUCCCUGUGACAGCACCCCCUGUCAGCACGGAGGCCAGUGUGUGGACACGGAGGGCAGGGCGGAGCUUUGUAGCUGUCCCAUGGGCUACUCAGGGACGUACUGCGAGAUGGUGGUGGAUCUGUGCAAUCCCAACCCAUGCCAGCAGGGGGUGCCCUGUCAGAGCACCGACGGGGGGUACACGUGUGCCUGCUCCGAGGGUUACUAUGGUAAUGAGUGCACGAGCCUUAAGGACCCUUGUCAUGGCCAACACUGUCCAGGUGCCAUGUCAGACCCGGCUCGUGGAGGGGUCCAUCUCUACAUGGUGUUGGUGGGAGUGUCAGCGUUAGUAACGGCGUGCGGCUGCGCAGCCUGCGCCCUCCUCCUCUCCCAUCUCCACCGGCGACGGAAAAAGACGCAGGGCGGGCCCCAGGAGGAGGGCAUCAACAACCAGAGAGAGUUCGUCACCCUCGUCCGAAACCUGGACCGCCCCGCGCCCCUCCUGCCCCCUCUCACCCCCAUAACCACCACCCACACCCCUGUCCCUGUCCCUGUACCUCGCUUCUGCGAAGAGAUCGAGCUCACUCUGCCCCCCUCCCCGGCCCCCUCACACCCCUCCCCUGCACUCAAACCAUCAAACCACGCCCCCAAACAGGACAUCUCCAACCGUGAGAGGGAGAAGCUCAACCGCUUCCACUACUCAGACAAACAGGAACUGGAGGUGUGACCUUUGGACCUUUCAACUGUCUAGAGGCUUUUAUUAUUUUGUGCCCGCUUCUCUCUGACCGGGCCCUGGCACUGGGCCCCGGCGCCGUGGCAUGUUGCACAGGUUCCUGUGGCGAUGACCUCACCCCGACCCAUCCCUCUGUGAGUUGACUCCUCAUCUUUUGUGAGCUGAUAUUGUCAUCUGCUAAUUGGCAUAAAUUAUUGUUGUAGAAUGCUGGGCCUACGAGG